CCCUUCCCUUUGUUUCUGUCGGGGUCCGGUCCCCGCGCCGCGGGCGGCCGGGUCGGUGGGAAGCGGGGAGGGCGUCCUCCGACCCCGGGGAGGGGCUGCGGGGGCCGGAGCAGGGGGCCGGGUCCCCCCGCCUCAAGUGAACGGUUGGUACGGUCCGGCAUCGGAGGGGCUCCUUCCAGCAUCCUUCAUCCUUCGGGUACCAGCACGUCUGGGCAGCGCCGCAGGACCGGCCUGCCUCGCGCUCGGCCGGCCGUUCCCGGCGCCCGUCUCCGGCCGAAGAGCCACGAGGACGCGGUACGUCUUCGCCCCCUCGAACCCACGCUGAUUCUGCCUCCUCGAGCCAUCACCACCCACACCCAGAGCGAGAAUGAAAGGGGAAACACCUGUAAACAGCACCAUGAGCAUUGGGCAAGCCCGCAAGAUGGUGGAGCAACUCAAGAUCGAGGCCAGCAUGUGCCGGAUAAAGGUGUCCAAGGCAGCGGCUGACCUGAUGACAUACUGUAACGCACACGCCUGCGAGGACCCCCUCAUCACCCCCGUGCCCACUUCGGAGAAUCCUUUCCGGGAGAAGAAGUUCUUCUGUGCCCUUCUCUGAAUUCCAUCCCCCCUCCCCGCCCAAACAAACACCUCACUCUCCUCCUGGAUUUUUCCAGCCCAACCCUUUCCCAGGUCUAAGAGCACUACAAGGCUCCUCGAGGCUACCCCUCAACCCCCAGCUCCUGCCCUUACGGGCACCUGAAGCACAAAGCUCCCACUUCUGCCAGCCCUAGCCCACCUCCCACUUGGCCAACUCCAAGGACGGGCCCGUCUGAGGACGACUCGGGGCACUUCUCUGCCCCCGGGCCGAGGGCCCAGCCCCAUCUCUGGGUCCCCAUUGUCACCUGGAGGCUGUUGUAAUGGGAAAGCUAUUUGGGGAAUAAAAGCACCCGGU